AUCGCAUAUAGUUAUAGUAUACGAAUCUUGUUAUCGGGUUCAAGGGACUCUCGACCUAAUAAGGGUCUUACAUAAAGAAUAUAAAAAAUUUCGAACCAUUUUUCACUUCAGUUUAUAACUGUCACUCUUCAACUCAUCUCUGUGUAUCAAAAAUGAGUGAAAAAUUAGAUUUGAUUUUGUUUGGUGUUACCGGUCUAGUUGGACGAUAUGGUGUCCGUUAUCUAUAUCGUUUAUGUAAAGAGAAGAACUUAACAUGGGGAGUUGCCGGAAGAAGCGAAUACAAAAUCAAAAAAGUCUUGGAAAAACUCGAGGAUGAAACUAAAGACCAAUCUGUGGCGAAAAUACCAAUCAUCCUCGCUGAUAUGAGCGAUGAGCAGUCCAUAAAUCAAAUGACUUCAAGAUGUAAAGUCUUAAUACAAGCCUGUGGACCUUUAAGACAAAUGGGCGAGGUUGUCGUGCAGAAAGCCUGCAUACAAUCUAGAACUCACUACGUUGAUGUGAGUGCUGAAGAGAACUUCAUCGACAAAAUCCAAGUUGAAUAUCAUGAAGAUGCCAAGAAAGCUGGAAUAUACGUGGUUUGUGCUUGUGGUUUUGACUGUGUAAUCUACGACCUUGGCUUGAAGCACUUACAGCACAAAUUCAAAGGAACAGUAAACUCAGUUGAGACCUAUUUGAAAUUGGACUACCAUAAUCCAACCUUAACUGGACCAAGUUACAAUGUUUCCACUUGGAACUCUACCAUCGAUCUUUUGGUGAACAAACACGAACUUAAAGCUUUGCAAGCAAAAAUAUUCAAUAAACAUAUGCCCAAAUUGAAACCAGCUCUUGAUACUAAAUACUUUCCAUUCAAACCUCACGUUGAAGAUGGCUGGUCAAUUCUUUUAACUGGUUCAGAUAGGUCAGUGAUGAUGAGAACGCAACAGUAUUUGUAUGAGGAGAAGAACCAUCGCCCAGUCCAAAUACAAACCUACCUCAUGUUAAAGGCACUUUAUUAUUUGAUAUUCUUUGUAAUUUAUGGCCUCAUGAUCUCCAUUUGCCUCCCUUUCAAAUUAGGAAGGAAAAUUCUGUUGAGGUACCCAGCAUUUUUCAGUGCUGGAGUUUUUGGUAGCAGAGAACCUUCCGCAGAAAUGUGUGAGAAUUCUUACUUCAGACUAACCUUCGUAGCCAAAGGAUGGAAAAAUAAAAUUAUUGGACCUCAUGAGAAACUCAAUGAAAUGCCGAACCAUGGUAUGAUACUUCAAAUUAAGGGAAACAACCCGGGAUAUAGAGUUUCUGCCCUCUGUUUGAUUUUAUCCGGAUUUUUAUUGUCAACACAGUCUAACAAACUACCUGGUAAACCAGGUGUCUACACUCCAGGCAUAGCUUUUAGAGACACCACUAUUGUAAAGGAUCUUGACGAUCAUGGAUUAUCUUUUAAUGUCCUCAACGAAUUUGCCAUUACCUCUUAGUAUAUUCCUAUUGGUUUUUUUUUGUUACAAAUUAUAGUGAUCAAUUCAAGUUGAAAGUUUUUCAAGUGAAAUUCUCAAGACGAGGUGAAUAAUGUUAAUGAAAAAAAUUAUAGAUAAUGUAAAAUUUAGAUAAUAUUUUGUGAGCUUUUAUACAUAGGUACUACUUAAGUACAUACUACUUUUGUAAAACCUACCUGCUUUUAAGGUGGGUAGGUAUUGUUAUGGUUUUUCCAUGAUCAAAAGUGAAAUGAAAAAAGCCUAUUGAUUGAUGUUCAAAAUUUUUUCACUAGAAUCUACCCUGCCAUAUUUUCCAAAAUUCGAAAGAAAUAAUAAAAUGAUUAAUAAUAAAGA